CGGAACAUGGCUGCUGGCUCGGGGUGCGCGGAGGCAACGGAGGUCGAUGAAAACGCACGGAACAGACGAGGAACAGCUUGCAGGAUGGUGAUCAGUCACGAGGAGUCUGCCGACGGCUCCCGGUCCGGCCGGCCUCCGGUCAUCUUCAACCCGGACUUUUUCGUGGAGAAGCUCCGCCACGAGAACCCGGACGUGUUCCUGGAGCUGGUGCUCAGUAACAUCACGCGUCUCAUCGACCUUCCCGGGACGGAGUUCGCUCAGCUCAUCGGAGAGGACAGCCCGAAAACACCGACCGGGGGAAACGGAGGCUUUUUCCGUUCCUUCAACUUCCUCAAGCGCAAAGAUAAAGGCGUUGUGUUUGGUACGCCGCUCACUGAGAGCUGCAUCGCGCAGAUCUACCACCUGAUCGAGUACCUCAGCAAAAAUCUGCACGUGGAGGGGCUUUUCCGGGUCCCGGGGAACAGCGUGCGGCAGCAGACCCUGAAGGAGCUCCUGAACAGCGGCGCCGACGUGGACCUGGAGUCCGGAGACUUCCACCCCAACGACGUGGCCACGCUGCUCAAGACCUUCCUGGGAGAGCUGCCCGAGCCCCUGCUGACCCACCGGCACUUCCACGCCCACCUGAAGAUUGCCGACAUCACUCUGUUCGACGACCAGGGCAACAAGACGGCGCUUCCCAACAAGGAGCGGCAGAUCGAGGCCCUGCAGCUCCUCUUCCUGCUGCUGCCGCCGGCCAACCGCUCGCUGCUCAAGCUGCUGCUGGACCUGCUCUACCACACCGCCAAGCAGCAGGAGCGCAACAAGAUGUCCGCCUUCAACCUGGCCCUCAUGUUCGCCCCGCACCUCCUCUGGCCCAGACAUAUGACUGCUGGAGACCUCAAAGACAAUCUGAAGAAGCUCAACAACACCAUGGCCUUCCUCAUCAAGCACUCCCAGAAGCUCUUCAGGGCUCCAGCCUACCUGAGGGAAUAUUCCAGAGUGCACUUCACUGGAAGCAGAGCUCUGCAGACCAAGGAUGAUCUGGAUCUGCUGGCGGCCAGCAGCUCUCCGGCCCAGCGGAUGGUUCUGCCUCUGAAGAGGCCGGCGGCCCUCUGUGGGUCCGGGUCCGGGUCCGGGGCCCAGGAGCAGGUCCAGUCUCCGGCUCAGCAGUACACUGAGGAGGCCCUGAAGGAGCUCUUCAGACACGUCCACCACAACAUGCCCGACUCGGCCAAGAAGAAGAAGCUCGUCCGACAGCUGGUCAAACAAACGACCUCAGGAACUCCGACCACGGAGCAGCAUCGAGUGGCGCCGGCCGCCAGCAAGAAGCACCCGCGGUCCCGGUCCUUCGGAGGCCUCAUCAAGCGCCGGGCUCGAGGUGAGCAGCUGACGUCCGAGAGGCGGGUCCGGCACAUUUCUCCUGAAGCCGUCGGCAAAGAGAACGUGGUCCUGCAGGCGGUGAACAGCCCGAUGAACGGCCUUGUGCUGGGCAGAGCCGGACUGGUAGUGAAGAACCCUGAUUUUGUGUUUCACAAAGACAAAUCCCUGAAGGUUUCCAAGGACUCUCCCGCAGCGUCCAGGAUGUGUUUGACUCCUGACCAGCAGGGGGCGCUGUGAAGCCGCUCCUCCUCUUCAGCAGUAUUCUAAGAUUCCUCGUGUUUACUACGUUUUCUCUCGUCUUCCUGGUGUAGUGAGGUUUUUCUAACUGUGACUAAUGUGCAGCAGAGCCGAGCCAGCAGCAGGUCUGGGAGAAUCCUCUAGAACUCUGACCGAGCCGGUAAAGACGGGACCAUAAAGUUUAAUCCUCUCUGACUCCACCAGGAGCCGCUUUUUAAUCUGACCGGGUCAAAACUUCUGUUUUAAUAAAGAUACAGAUGUUCACGCAGUUUAAUUUGGAGGGAUUUGGGAUUGCGGAUACAUUUCUAACGUACACACACAUUAUGCAAGUAUACACACAAAUAAUUCAGUGUGUGUGUUUAAAAAAACAAAAAAACAUGACCAAAGCAUUAACACUGUCAACUUUUGAAAAUGUUCUUUUUAUAUAAUUUGACAUUCGUCCAGCCCUUUAGAGGCGGGUUUCCUCUAAUCGGUGUGUCCGGCUUCUCCCACUCAUUUCUUUGCCCCUCUGCUAAUGGGAUGCUGAAUGCUAAGCUAAUGCUAAGCUAAUGAGCUGAACGUUUCCAGCCUGUCUGGCUCUGCUGCUUCUGACCUGCAUGUAAAGAUGUGUGAUUUAGCUACUGUAUCAGGAUGUUUGACCUCUAGAGGAGGAUCCACGCCGGACACUUUGUGCAUACUUGUGUACGUUUACAGUUUUUAACUUUUUUUUUUUUUUUUUUUUUUUAGAUGUUUAUUAUUAUCGGUACAUUUUGUGAAAACAUUUUUCCUGAAAACUGGAGGAAGUGAAGAACUUCUCCUCUCACCCGCUGAAUAAUGAUGUGAAUUAAUGUGACUUGUUUCAUUCCCUCAGUUCUCAAAUAGAUUUUAUUUUUUUGAUGAUGAUGAUGAUGAUGAAGAUGGUGGGAGAACUUUACUUGAAGGGGUGUUUGUUGAAGGUUAUGAAGAAAGUUGAAAGCAGGUAUUUUUUGUAAGUGUUUAGUGAAAUGAGCAGUUGUUGUUUCCAGCCUGGCAGUGUGUCUGAACCUGGACCGAACCACACACUGCCGGCUCUUCCUCCAGCAGAUGAAAAUAAUGGGCGAUUACAGACUCUGUGGAGUUUUAUAAACACGGAAAUGGAAAUAUUUCCAAGAAAGGAGUUGUAGUUUUUAUGAUUAAUUUUUCCCCCUGGUUAAAUUACACCAUAUAAUGUGAGUGAUGUUGGAAUUGUCGUUCCCUGUAAACGUGGAGCCACGUGAGAAUCUCGCCAGACACCUGCGGAUUAGUCCCUCCGAGCCCAGAUGUCGCUCCUGUCUGUCCGUCUUGGGAUUCUCUGGGCUCUCAGAUGCACCUAAACCUGGAGAGCAACUCUCCACGGGCGUUUCCUCAUCGUGUUAGCCAGAUAACCGUGAGACAUACUGUGAAUCGACGAUGUUUGGUCCGUCUGAUCCAAACCCAGCAGGAGCUCCUCAGAGGUGAUUUAGAUGGAGGGAAUGAGUUGUUCUGACGUGGACCGAGUCUGAGGCCGGUGCCAACUGUUACUUCAUGACCUCCUGCAGGUUUCAGCACUGUCAUUGUUUUUCUCGGUCAGGCGUCCGUCCGUGUUGUUACUGCUCAUUUCGUCAGGAUGCACUCGUCCCAGACGGCCGGCCUCCUCCUCAGGGGGAACAUGAAAUCUCACCGUAGCUUCCCUCCUCGGUCUUGUGAGUCUGGCUCGGGAGCAUCCUGACCUGGAUGUGGAAAUGGAGGCUUGUUGAAAGAGAGAGAACGGGGUUGAUGUGAAGAACGUCUGUGAGCUUUGUUUUGUUUGAUCAUCUUCCAUUUGAGCCUUUUUUGUGGAUUCAUCAGCAGCUCUGUACAAUCAGCAGGUUUAAAGCGUGACUGCACAGAUUGCUUUUUUUUUUUUUUUUUUUUUGAGUCCAUCAGAUUUUCCUUUAAUUCCAGGCCAGUUCCUUAGUGUGCAAACUCAAGUC